ACACCUUUCCUCUGUACAUUAACGGUUUUCACGUUGAAAUAUAAAGAAAAACGACUACUAUUAGUGUUGGUGUAUGGUAUGGCUGUAUAAUCAUCAAGGUGUUGUGGUAGCAGGUGUAGUAGUACUUAUGGUCCCAGUGAAACAACGUAGAUGUGCGUGUACUCGCUGAUCACAGAACGCUAAAUCUACAGAUAAGUCAAAUCAAUUGUAUUCCAUUCUUUGUUUUGCGGUGCAGUCGGUAGUUUUGUCCUCAAUUUCCUUCCCCCCCUGUCUCCAGGCCCUGAGCAGACCCCCGUUCACCAGGGAGAGACCCCCGCUGGUGUCCCUCCCCCAGCAGAAGAGGAACCGUAUCGCAGUGUACCCCCCCAGCAGCUCCGUUCUGUUCGACACGGCAGGCUUCUCCAACAAUGUGACCCUGAAGGGCUUCACCAUGCACGCAGAGGAGAUUCUGGAUAUCAAAUGCGAGGUCCCCCUGUCGGAGCUCGGGGUCCUGAGCGUGUCCACCGUCUACGGCUCCGCCCAUAUUCCUUCCCAGAAUUCUUUGCGGCGUAGCGUCAGCCAGGCGCUGGACGGGAAGUCCCUGGCGGACGACAGUGACGUGUGGGACCCCCAUGUGCAGGGGGGGCACGACAGCGGGCUGUUCAUGGAAGACGAGGAGUUUGUGGACACCAUCAAAGGCUUCAGCACGGUGAGGAAGGAGCACACCAUGUUCACCGACACCAACCUGUGACCCCAGCCCCACCCCCCCUGGACGGAGCCUUGACCCCAACCUUGUAAACUGAACAUUCUCAUGAUCGAGUGUGUAGCCACAUGCGCUACAUGCUAACCGUCGUCCUCUUUAACAACACAGAUGUAAUAAACGUUCUAAAACAGUGUUUCCCAACAUGGGGUGGGGGACCCCAGUUGGGGUCGCCUGCUAUGUAUAUGGGGGUAACACCGACUUGUGAGUGUUCACUAUUUGAAGGAAAGGUCCUGUGAAGGCCCUAUAUAUGCACACAUCAUUAUGGUUCCUAGCAUGGUUCACUGGGACAUUGAACCAUGUUGCAGAUAUGUUGCAGAUAUGGUUCAAACGAUGAACGGGAAUCCAUAUUUAGACGUAUAAAUACAGCGACGGCCCGAAACAGUUAGGAAGCACAGCUUUAAACUAUGGAAGCAGUCCUGGACCUGAAGUACACUCUGGCGUGGGUUUAAUAGGCCAGGAUUAAAAGCCUAUAGGAAUCGUCCUUUCACCAGUGUUAUUCUGAUCGGACAGAUGUCAUGGAUGACAUAUGGGGUAUACAGUGGGUAUAUACAUUUUAAGGCUAUGGAACUAUUAUAGGGCAAAAAGAU